CUCUCGGCUUGGCGGACUAGAAACCAGCAAAGCUCGUGCACAGUCACGUGAUAAGAUUGACGCUCGGCCCGGCAAAUUGCGAAAGCUUUCGUCGAUGGUCCAACGACGUGCCCGCAAUAAGGUACACGACUGCAAACAAAGUCGACGCAUCAAAGCCCGCCAGUCAAUUGACCGCCGACACAACCAUGAACUCCCUUCGCGUCGCCAGAACAGUCCUCAGGGCCCGCCCGGCCGCCAUCCGGGCCCCUCUGCAGAGGAGAGGGUACGCCGAGGCCGUUGCCGACAAGAUCAAGCUGAGCUUGUCGCUUCCUCACCAGUCCAUCUACAAGUCCCAAGAUGUCGUGCAGGUCAACAUCCCCGCCGAGUCGGGUGAGAUGGGUGUCCUCGCCAACCACGUUCCCUCAAUUGAGCAGCUGAAGCCUGGUCUGGUUGAGGUUGUUGAGGAGAGCGGCAGCAAGCAGUUCUUCCUUGCCGGAGGAUUCGCCGUCGUCCAGCCCAACUCGAGCAUGAGCAUCAACGCCACCGAGGGCUUCCCCCUGGAGGACUUCAGCGCCGAGGCCGUCAAGGCACAGAUCUCCGAGGCCACCAAGGUCGCGAAUGGUAACGGAAGCGAGCAGGACAUUGCUGAGGCUAAGAUUGAGCUGGAGGUUCUUGAGAGCCUGCAGGCUGUGCUCAAAUAGACUGGUUUAUAGACGUCCCACGGAUUGUCAUUGUAACAUACUGCGAAUAGCAAAAAAGACUCGUUUGUUAUCGUUACCUUCGCCGCAGAACCCAGAGAUCAUGGCGUUGUUACCUGCUUGUCACAAUUUAUUCAAUAUAAUUUCUCCAUGUUGGCGCUCUGUUCCUUCCAGUGUGCAAUCGCUACGCGCAGCGCUGCAUGGUUUAUAUCAAAAGGCCA